UAUACUAGUUAAGUAGCCAUGUGAUAUAUUCGAAAGUGUGAGCCCUAGAAAUUCAUACACCAUGCAAUUAAAGCAUUUUAUAAGCCCUUAUACAUAUAUACUUACAAAAUUAGAUAAUACACAACACAAUGACCGAAAGGACCCAUUUACGUCACUCACAAUCAGUUUACACUUAUUCAAACAUGUGACAGAAAACCCUAGAAAUUUGUGAAGAUAAAAAUGAUGGUGAGACGACCUUAGUCGUGCCCUCAAAUUAAUUCUUAGCGUACACGUCGUGGUGUUGAGGAUCCAAUGCAUGGGAAGAGGCCCCUUUCACCGGAGGAGCAUUCCUUUUACUCACCGGCUAGAUCACACCUAGACAUGGCUUCCAUCGUCACCGCCCUCUCUCGUGUUCUCGGCUGCACACACACACAACAACAAGAAAACUGUGCAAUUAAUGAUCAAAGGAUGAGACACUACAGAGGAGUCCGUCAGCGGCCGUGGGGGAAAUGGGCGGCGGAGAUUCGCGAUCCGAACAAGGCGGCGAGAGUGUGGCUGGGCACCUUCGACUCCGCGGAGGCUGCGGCCCUCGCCUACGACGACGCGGCGCUUAGGUUUAAAGGCCACAAGGCAAAGCUCAACUUCCCCGAAAGGGUUCAGGGAAGAACUCAAUUUGCGUAUCUAACAACACAAAAUGACAUCAACCAGGAUCAUCUUCUUCGCAGUCACCAUCAAACUUCGCACCAUCACGGUGGAGGAUCGCCUACGACUAUACCUCCACAGGAAAAUUGGGAAGAAUCCGGAUGCAAGAGGAUAAGGAACUAGGUAUUUCUUUAAUUUUGAGGAAUUAAUAUAUAUAUAUAUAUAUCGCAACUUUGUCUUCUCAUCUCAAGUUUAUGGUUUAAUGAAUGACUUUUGAGUCUAUCAAA